AUGAUAGAAGCAGGGGAUGUCGUCUCCUAUUGUGAGGUCAGGGGUAUCGGACGUGAUACAAGUACCGGAAAGGUCCUUGUACAGCUAGAGGACUCCGUCGUGGAAACCGAUCUUGUCAUCGGAGCGGAUGGCGUACACAGUAUUGUGAGGAAGCACCUUCUCGGGCCAGACAGAUUCUCCCCCAGACAUAGUGGUUAUGCAUGGGUCGGUGGCUGUAUGGAUAUAGCAGGAUACCCAGAACUCCAGGAGAGGAAGGAUGCCAUGCACUUCACGAUCGGCAUAGAUGGGAUCUUUUCCUAUUCUGCUGGUGGCCCACACUUGCUGACAUGGCUGUCCAUCUUUCCAAAGCAGGACCCCUGUUCUAGCAAUCCCCGGUAUCUACUUGAGCGCCAUGGGCACUGGAAGGAUCCCGUGGUUCGGAACAUUAUUUCUAAAGCAGGACCAGGACGUGUUUAUGACAUCAUGACUGUUCCCAAAUUGCCUACUUGGGGUGAAAGGGGGAUCGUCCUUGUUGGGGAUGCAGCCCAUGCAAUGUCGCCUACCAGUGGGCAAGGAGUUUCGCAGAAUUUAGAAGAUGCACAGACCCUCGCCUUACUACUCAGUGUAACGACUGUGAGGUGCUAUGCCGAAGAACAGAACGGUAGUCUGACAUCAGAUGCCAUUGACCGCAGCUUGCUACUGUAUUAUCAUAUCCGCCACGAACGGGUUGAGAGAAUCGCAGCCACAGGUGAAGCCCUUGACAAGCGCAUGCUCAAUUCCAAACGACCGGCCGUCUAUGUGAGCUAUUGUUUGCUCUGGGCGCUUAAUAAGUGUCCCGGAUUAUGUAAGUGA